AUGUCGUAUCGUAUCGAGAGGAGGGACAACACCACGGCGAGCAAGCACCUGAACAAGGAGGAGAUGCAGCAGGCCAAGUACGGUAUCCUGCGCCGCGCUGUCUCCUGCGACAUGACCUACCUCGACCGCCGCGACCACUACCACUCCAUCUACUACAACAAGAUGGUCUGCGCUCCCGGUUUCGAAAUCGACCGUACGUCGGGUGGGCUCUCAUACAAGGUGGGCGACUACUACCUGUCGAGCCUGCUGGGCCGUGGCGGCGGGGGCAGCGUCUACGAGGGCCGCCACAGGAAGACCAACAAGCGGGUGGCGAUCAAGGUGGUGACCAAGAGCCGCACCGAAGAGACGCGCGCGGCGCAGGGGUCCAACCGCCGCGGCAGCGCGGGCAAGGACGCCAACGCGUCGGUGGCCUACGCCAAGAAGAUCCAGCGCACGCGCAAGGAGUACACGGUGAUGUCGCACCUGAGGGACCACCGCCACAUCACCAAGCUGCUCGACGUGGUGGAGAACGACAAGGCCAUCUGCCUGCAGAAGGGCCGCCUGUCGCUCUACGAGAGCUGGUUCCUCUUCCGCCAGCUCGUCUCCGCCGUGGCCCACGCCCACGCCCAGGGCUUCGUCCACCGCGACAUCAAGCCCGAGAACGUGUUCCUGAGCGAGGACAAGAAGACCGCGACGCUGGGCGACUGGGGCUUCGCCGACGUGUGGUGCUCGUUCAAGGACCUCAAGGAGGGCGUGGGCAGCCUCAACUACUGCUCGCCCGAGAUCGUCGGCGGCCUGCCCUACACCGGACCCGAGGUGGUCAUGAACAUCAAGACCUCCAACUUUGUCCUGACCGGCAGCUGCGAGGCCGACCCGCUCCUCUACGACCUCCUCUCGCGCCUCCUCAACCCCAACACCCUGGAGCGCGCCAAGAUGGCGGACCUCCUCGAGCACCGCUGGUUCCGCAACGGCCCCACGCUGGCCCACAUCAAGGACCGCCGGAAGCGCACGGGCUCGGCGACCAACGUGCUGGCCACCAACAACCGCCACCGUACCCGCGUCAACUAG